AUGCCGUCUUCGCCGCCCGUCUUUCGUACACCCCUCACGGAGCUGUUCGGGAUUAACCACCCCGUCAUGCUCGCCGGCAUGAACGUUGCCGCUGGACCGCGUCUUGCGGCAGUCGUCACCAACUCUGGCGGUAUUGGUGUUAUUGGCGGCCUCCGUCAGACGCCGAAGGUCCUCGCGCAGAAUAUCCGCGAGAUCAAGGAACAUCUCGAAGACAAGAACGCGCCGUUCGGUGUCGAUCUACUCUUCCCCCAAGUCGGCGGUAACGCACGCAAGACGAACUACGACUACACGAAAGGCCAGCUGGACGAACUCGUCGAUGUCAUCAUCGAGGGCGGCGCGAAACUCUUCGUAUGCGCCGUCGGCGUCCCGCCGAAACAUGUUGUCGACAAGCUGCAUAGCGCAGGGAUAUACGUCAUGAACAUGGUCGGUCACCCGAAGCAUGUCCCCAAAGCGCUCACCCAGGGUGUCGACAUCAUCUGCGCACAAGGUGGCGAAGGCGGAGGCCACACCGGCGACACGCCUUUCAGCAUCCUCAUCCCAGCCGUCGUCGAUCUCUGCCGCACAUCCAUCUCACCUUUAACCGGGAAGCCCGUUCUCGUCGUUGCAGCGGGGGGUAUCGCCGACGGGCGCGGUCUUGCGGCUUCACUAUCCUACGGUGCCGCAGGCGUAUGGGUCGGCACACGGUUCGUCGCGUCCGUCGAAGCGGGUGCUCCGGAGCGGCAUAAGAAAGAGCUGUUGGAGGCGGACUAUGAUGGGACCGUGAGAACACUUGUAUACUCUGGCCGACCGAUGAGUGUGAGGAAGACGCCGUAUGUGAAGGAGUGGGAAGAGAAGAGGCAAGAGGAGAUUAGGGAGUUGACAGGGAAGGGACGGAUCCCGCAUGAGGUCGAGUUGGAGUCUAAGCCGGAGAGGAGCGCUGAAGGGCGGAGCUGGCUCAUGGGCAAGGUCGCAGGAUCGAUUCACGAUAUCAAGCCGGCAAAAGAGAUAGUCGACGAGAUAGUCACGACUGCGGCGAGGAGCUUGAGGGGCGCGAAUAGCUUCAUUAUUCCCCAAGCCAAGCUCUGA